AUGAAGUUCUUCAUCCGAUUUAUUUUAUUGUUGGGUAUUUCGACCUGGUCCUCCAUCGCUUUUGAUCAGGAGGUUUUGCCGAAAUGUGGACCUGAUGUGGAGGUUUGUGAAUUUGAUUGGACCAUUGACUAUUUGGAGACAAUGGUUGUAUACGACGAAGGAGGGAAUGGUAACCCAGUUGUCAGCAGAAACGGAUCUCUUUACAAACGAACUGGGUGUGAUAAUUACCAACAACUGACAAGAGAAGAAAUGGACACUACUAUCUUGGCUGACGGUAACUACAAACUCGUGUAUGCCAUAAACGGCCAAGUGCCCGGACCGUCCAUUGUCGUUUACGAGGGACAACAGGUGGUUGUAAAGAUACAGAACAACCUUUUGUACGAAGGUAUUACGAUACACUGGCAUGGCAUGGUACAGUGGCUGACACCGUGGAUGGAUGGGGUAGGAACCGUGUCCCAUUGUCCUAUCAACCCUGGAGAGAGCUUUACGUACAGGUGGAUGGCCGAUCCUCGUGGAACUCACUGGUAUCAUUCUCAUCUGGGAGUUGAGCGUACUGACGGUCUAGCCGGGGCUCUCAUUGUUUUACCAAGGCCAGAGCCAGAGAAAAAUCGAAUUGGCGAGUACGAAUUUGACAAGGACUACGUUGUAUUUCUACACGAUUGGUUUCCGUUCCAUUCCAUUGAAAUCAACAGGGAAUUGGAUUGGGGUCUCACGAGGCAAAUUGCUUUAUGGGGUAGUGAAGCUACUCAUAUGGGUAAUCCUGGUGACGAAGGUGAGUUUUACCCAAUGUUACACCUACAACGCAAGUACAGACAGGACCUGGUGUGGGUAAUCACCACAUUUUCAGCUACUCAUAUGGCAACCACAAAAGGCCACACCUUCCAUAAUUCAAUCGACGGUGACAUCGAGGCGCUACCUCUUGAGACCUUCGAGGUUAAGAGGAACUCCUACUACCGGUUCCGGUUGGUCAAUGCCGGGAUGUUGUUUGCCUUCCGGUUUUCUUUUGAUCAGCACGAUGUACAAGUUAUUGCAGUGGACGGAAAUGACGUCAUUACAACGGCGGCAGAGUCGAUCAUUAUUAAUACCGGAGAGCGUGUCGAUAUUGUUCUCUACGCAGGCGCAGAACAGAAAAAUUACUGGAUUCGAGGGGAAACAUUAGAGGCUACUGCUAACGGAGAGGAAGUAGUCCCGGGUAAGGCGUUUGCUAUCCUCCAUUACUCGAAUGCUAGCGAUGACCCGCCGACCACAGAGAGAGCAGAAUGUACGAAAGAAGAUCCGUGUCGGGUGAUAAACUGUCCAUUUGGACAGUUUCCUGACAACUAUAACCGCGAAUGUAUGCCCAUAUCAGACUUAAAAUCCACUGCUGAACAAAUGGAAUCUCAUCCAGUUCCUUCCGCUGAAUCAACAGAGGAAUUCGAUGAAAUAUUCGUCAAUUUCCACUUUUCAUCCGGGGCGGAUGUCCCAUUUACUGCUUCCGUGAAUGGUCAUAAAUACAUCCCUUUCUCCGCCCCACCACAGAUCUACCCAACGGGGAACGACACACAUGCCUCUUGUGACGAUGAGGACUGUAGUGACAACUGUCACUGUUCCUACAAAAUCAAGAUUGACCUAGGCAAAACUAUACAGGUUGUCUUCCUCAAUCAAGACGAUGCAGUUUUUGGAAUGGCACAUCCCGUCCACAUGCACGGCCAUCACUUCCACGUGUUGAAAACUGUGUACCCUACCUAUGUCCCGGAAACUGGAAAGAUUGCGGAAGAAAAUACGGAUAUUUUGUGUAACACUCAAAGUUGUAACAAUCCGCACUGGAGAAAUACCUCUUGGCAACAAGGGAACGUUCCAGGGCUUAAUCUUGAUAACCCGCCAAUGAAGGAUACAAUCAUAGUACCAAGGAAGGGAUAUGUCGUGACGCGCAUCCGGUCCGAUAACCCAGGAUACUGGUUUAUGCAUUGUCACAUUGAGAUGCACCAGAUCUCCGGGAUGGCCGUCCUGUUGCAGGAGGGAGAAACCUCGGACAUGAAUCCAGUCCCCGAAGGAUUUCCGACGUGUGGAGAUUUCAAUUUCUCUGAAGAUGAGUUCAAAAGGUUAACUGCUGGGGUGAAAAAGAAUGGUCGCAGACACAAGUAUAUGCGCAGCGAAGAAAAACAUCAUCAUCAUCAUCAUUCGUGGUUCCGUCAUGACUAUUUCAAAAAAUACCUGCAUCACAGGAAAAUCUACGUCAUUAUUGUAUCUGUACUUCUUACUGUCAAUAUUGUUACCUUUGUUAUUAUUGGAGUACUUAAAAGGAAGUUAGCCCGACAAAAUCAGCAGGUAGAGAACAAACGAGGGCAAAUUAACAAGGCAUUGGUGUUUGAUUCCAUUCAACAACUCAACAAAGGCAAAAGCUCAAGUUUAUCGGAAAAAUAUCAAUCUUCGUGA